UGUUUCUCCCGGUGGAAUCUCGCUUUGUAAAAGGGAAAAACUGCUAACUUAUUUUCUUCACUGUGUGUCUUGUCAGUCUUUUUAAUGUAUGAAGAAGGAACUCGUUUGCUUCUUGUCCAUGAAGAGUUAACUCAGUUCUUUCUUUGUUUUCCAACUCCACUUGUCGUUGGAGUCAUCUGACUACCAAAGCAAUGUAAUCCAAGCAAAUAGUGCUGAUAAAACAGAAACUAUGAGAUGGCUGGACUUCUGCAGGCGAACCUUGAUUACAAGUGGUGCAGCUAGAACAAGCCUUUGAUGGUCAGUUUCCACCCAUCAAGCAGCUGAGCUGAUGUUCCUUCUCAGAGGUGGAAGGGUGGUUCUCUCCCAUUCAAGGCAAAUGUACCGAAGCCCUGAUGAACUGCAGAGAGAGGAAGAGGAGGAUGAGGAGGAGCAGAAGAGGGUCCCUGAUGGUCCCAGCAGCACCUUCAACCCUGAUCCUUCCCAUCCGUACUAUGAUGUGGCUCGACAUGGAAUCAUCCAGGUGUCGGGAGAUGAUAACUACGGCAGGAAGCUGAUCGUCUUCAGCAGCUGCUGCCUCCCCCCGUCACACCAGCUGAACCACCGUCGCCUUCUCGAGUACCUGAAGUUCACGCUGGACCAGUACGUGGAGAUGGACUACAUCCUGGUUUACUUCCACUACGGCCUCAGGAGCAGCAACAAGCCCUCGCUCAAGUGGCUGCGCGAAGCCUACAGCGAGUUUGACCGGAAGUACAAGAAGAACCUGAAGACCCUCUACGUCGUCCAUCCUACAAACUUCAUCCGGAUCAUCUGGAACCUCUUUAAACCUCUGAUCAGUCACAAGUUCGGAAAGAAGCUGACGUAUGUGAACUACCUGACGGAGCUGCGAGAACACCUGAACUACGACCAGCUCUUCAUCCCCGCAGACGUCCUCAGGCAUGACGAGAAGCUGCGAGCGGCUCAGAAGGGUGGACCCCCUCCAUCGGUGAAAACGCCGCCUCCUCGGCCCCCUCUGCCCACGCAGCAGUUUGGUGUCAGCCUGCAGUACAUCAGGGAGAAGAACCAUGAGGCAAUCAUCCCACCGGUAAUGGUUCAGACCGUGGCCUACCUGAAGGAGAAAGGUCUGAGGACAGAAGGGAUCUUCAGGCGUUCAGUUCGUGUCCAGAUCAUGAAGGACGUCCAGAAACUCUACAACCUGGGUAAGCCGGUGAACUUCGAUCUGUACCAGGAUGUCCACGUUCCCGCGGUUAUCCUGAAGACGUUCCUCAGAGAGCUUCCUGAGCCGCUGCUCACCUUCAGAGUCUACAACCAGGUCCAGGAGCUCCUCAAUGUGGAGAGCAGCCUGCGGGCGACCAGGUGCAAGCAGAUCGUUGAAAGUCUUCCUGAACACAACUUCAUCGUAGUGAAAUUUCUGAUCUGUUUCCUGCACAUGGUUUCUCAGGAAAGCAUCAUCAACAAGAUGAGCGCCUCCAACCUGGCCUGCGUCUUCGGCGUGAACCUGGUUUGGCCUCGUCACGGUUCCAUCUCUCUGAACGCUCUGACGCCCAUCAACAUCUUCACUGAGAUCCUCAUCGAACACUUCAACACCGUGUUCGGCUCCCGCUGUCCACCUGCUCAGGUAACCCCGUGACCCCAGCUGCUGAGGAACCCUGAAAGGUCCAAGUGAUCCAGAAGGAACGCUUAGGUCUUUUCAGACCCUCUGAAGAUCUCUGUUACAUUGAAAUAUCUGAACUUUAAUUAUCAGGACACUACAGAACAUACAGACACAAUAUGGUGAUUUGUUUUUUUUUUUUUGUCUUUAGGAACCUGUUUUAUCUGUUGUACAGAACAUAUUUAAUGUGUUGUUUUAAUAAAACCCAAAACUUUCCUAUAAGACUUGAAA